CCCUCGGCCUCUCCCCAUCGGACCCUCCAGCCUCGGGGCCGGCGCCGCUCGGGUCCCGCCGCCCAGGGCGCAGCGUCCAGCGCAAAUAUGAACUUUGAAGACGUGGCCAUUGUCUUCUCUGAGGAGGAGUGGGGGCUCCUUGAUGAGGCUCAGAGACUUCUCUACUGCAAUGUGAUGCUGGAAGUGUUUGCACUUGUCUCAUCUGCAGGUUGUUGCCAUAAAACGGAUGAUGAGGAGGCCUGUCCUGAGCAGAGCGUAUCUGUACAAGGAGAGUCACAGGUCAGGGCAUCUAAGACAGAACCAACAACCCAGAGGACCCAUGUGUGUAAGCGGUGUUUCUCUGUGUUUAAAGACAUUCUGCACCUAACUGAGUCACAGGCAGCGUACCUUGAGCAGAAAGCCUUCUUCAAUGACACACGUGUGAGAGACUUCUGUUUCAGUGCAAACCCUCGCCAGCAACAGAGGGAAGCCAGUGGAGAGAAGCCCUGGAAAGAAGCUGUGGACAGGGCCUCGUUUGUGACCAGGUGCAGCUUCUACUUAUCAGAGCUGCCUACAUCCAAGAGGGAGGUUGGGGAAGACUUGCCAGCCAUCUCAGAGCUUCUCCAGCACCAGGCCCUUCUCAACACUGAGGAGCCACACAGUGGCAGUGAGAUUUCCCAGAAACUUCUCAGUGGAAAAUGUCAUAACCAGAGGCGUCAAUGUGAAAAUGCUGCUAGCAACAACCAGAAAGUUGUUCAACAGAGAGUCUGUUCUGGAGAAGUGGAUUAUGAAUGUACCAAAUCCAGAAAAAAUUUUAGAGGAAUCUCUAGCCUCAUUCGACAUACGAAAUUUCACAGUGGAGAAAAGCCAUAUGAGUGUAGUGAUUGUGGGAAGGCCUUCAGAUAUAAGACUAACCUCAAUCAACACCACAGACUUCACAUUGGAGAAAAGCCCUAUGUGUGUAGUGAGUGUGGGAAGUCAUUCAGGUAUAUGUCUGUUCUUAAUCGGCACCAGAGAGUGCACACUGGGGAAAAGCCAUAUGAGUGUACUGAUUGUGGCAAGACUUUCAGUCUUAGGUACAACCUCACUGAACACCAGAGAGUUCACAGUGGAGAAAAACCUUAUGAGUGCAGUGAAUGUAGGCAGUCCUUUAGACGAAGGUGUAUCCUCACUGAACACCAGAGAGUUCACACUGGAGAAAAACCUUAUGAGUGCAGUGAAUGUGGGAAAUCUUUUAGAUAUCAUGGUCAUCUUUUUACUCACAGGAGAAUUCACACUGGAGAAAAACCUUAUCAGUGUAGUGAAUGUGGGCAGUCCUUCAGAAAAACGAGUAACCUUACUGAGCACCAGAGAAUUCACACUGGAGAAAAACCUUAUGAGUGCAUUGAAUGUGGGAAGUCCUUUAUACAAAGGGGUAACCUCACCGAACACCAGAGAGUUCACACUGAAGAAAAACCUUAUGAGUGCAGUGAAUGUGGACAGUCCUUCAGUCGAAGGUGUAACCUCAUUGAACACCAGAGAGUUCACACUGGAGAAAAACCUUAUGAAUGCAGUGAAUGUGGGAAAUCUUUUAGAUGCCAUAGUCACCUUUUUAAGCACAAGAGAGUUCACACAGGAGAAAGGCCUCAUGAGUGUAGUGAAUGUGGGAAAUCUUUUAGCCAAAAAACUCACCUUUUUAGACACCUGAUUGUUCACAACAGAGAAAAGCUUUAAAUGUGC